GUGUCGACAGAACCUUCUCUCAACACAAUGAAGCUGCUGAACUUCGUGUUAACCGUCCAGCUGAGCUUUCUUUGCCGAGCUUUGCAAAAUGUGACCACUCAGAGAGACCCGUCUGAUGUCCCCGCGAGUGGGGACGGAAAUGUCACCGAAAUCCGCAAUGACCCGUAUGUCCACCAUCUUGGUGGUAAAUGUAAGUGGACACUCAGGGUGCUUGGAAACGGGAGCAGCAACGUGGCGGCGCUCACGGCAGACUCUGCAGAUCAGCUGUCGGAGCAGAUCUGCCAGGACCUUAAAUGCGGCAGUGUCCAUCAUGUGAAUAAAAGCGUCUCAUCCGCCAACACCACCUGCUUCCAGAACUGCUCGUACCAACACGGACGUUUGGAGAACUGUUCCCUGAGCGUGGGAAGUCCCUGCAGUCUGAUCCAUGGAGUGGUUUGUGGACACCAACUUGUGCGGCUGGCAGGAGGGACAGACCGGUGUGCUGGACGAGUGGAAGUAUGGAGUAACGGACAGUGGGGCACAGUGUGCGACGACCACUGGGACCUGAACGAUGCUCACGUGGUGUGCGCCCAGCUCGGCUGCGGCUACGCCCUCAACGUGACGGGUCAGGCCGGCUUGUUUCCCCCGGGGAGAGGACACGUCUACCUGGACGAUCUGAACUGUACGGGCAAAGAGGAGAACCUGUGGAGCUGCCCGGCUACGCGGGAGGACCACGACUGUGGACACAAAGAGGACGCUGGUGUCGUGUGCUCAGAGAUGCGAGCCAUCAGACUGACCGGAGGUCUGGACCGCUGCUCUGGUGUAGUGGAGAUCCAUCGUAACGGCAGCUGGGGGACCGUGUGUAACAACUGCUGGAAUGAAAAUCUGGCCUCCACUGUGUGCUCCAUGGUGGGAUGUGGUGCUGGGGCAGAAAAGUUCACCCAGUUUGAGCCUCCUCUCUACAACAUUAACGGCACCCAGUUUUUCUAUUUCUGUCCAACUGACCACCAGAGUCUGUGGGAAUGCAAGGAAUAUAUAAAUCAUCCCUUCCUGUGUAAAGAGUCACAAACGUCUCGUGUCAUCUGUAACGGUUCUCUGGGGUUUCCUAAUGCUACCAAGGUUAAUCCAACUAUAACACCUGACUGGACACCAGCGGGUGGAACCACGGCUGCCGCCCCUGAAAACCUGCGUUUCACGUCUCUGCCGCUUCUCUGCACGAUCGCCCUGUCCAUCCUGCUGCUGGUGAUCGUCAUCACAAACACGGUGCUCUGCUGCCAUUACAGGAAAAAACACGCUUUCUUGCUGCAGCAGACACGCAGCAGCCCACGAGCUCCAUCUGGUCACAGCAACAACUAUCAGGAGGCCGUCAAUCUCGUCAAAGUCACGGCCAACCCGCCGCAGACCGACGUCCCCUCCAACCCCAGGCACCUUUGGACCCAGCUUAGUAGUGCUGACAGCACGUCAGUAGAUACAGACUAUGAGCAGUAUGACCCAAGCACUGACCCGUCUCUCAGUUUAUCCACCUUUCGGAAUUCUCAGCGAUACAGAACAGACGUUAACCCUUUGAUGAGGCCUUCAGGUCUCGAGAGCCUUUGUGAAGAAGGCCCUCCGCCCACAAACGUCCCCGCGGCAGACUUUCCCAACUGUAACGGUGCCCCCACAUAUCCUCAGUAUGCCAGAGUGUCAAAGAUCUCGGUGGACUCAUUCGAGUCCUCCAGCACCUCGUCUGGCGAGUGCUACGAAAACCUGCCCAAAGACUACAUCAACGUGACUCUGGAUCCUCAGCCAGGCCAGGCGUUUGUUGAAGCGUCCGAACCUCCAAACUUCUCCUUUGGUCCAUUUCAUACAGCACAGGCCUCAAACCUGCACAGUUCAGAGGAUGACGACCUCUACUCACCCGUGAGCCCCGACUGAAACUCGGUGACUGCGACGCCUCGUGGCAGACGGAGAGCGUGGGAGGAAGAAGAAGCUGUUAUUUUUCAGAAAGGAAACACGUUCCGUAAGAUCAAGAAACUGUGAGAGUCUUUCAGUGAUUAAAAACUGGAAUAUUCACAGUUAUUGAUUUAGCUUCUUAAAGUGAGUUUCAGGUUUGUAUGCAAAUGAAAGCCAAAGGCUUCCUGGAAGAACAAGUGGAGGUGUUCUGUGAGCGCAGCAGAAGGAACUGUGAGAUAGAAACAGGCGACAAAUUAAAAGGGAAAACCCAAACUGCCCUCGUGCUGUUGGGGGAUUUCGGUGCCAGCAUUUAAAUCCUCUUACAGUGAAAUGUCCUGUAAUGAAACAUAUCCAUACCAGCGAUGAUGGUUUAUUCUGGGAGACCAUGCCCUGCUUAUGUUGCAUGAGCACAUCCCCAUAGAGCUCCUGUGGUAGACUGUGGGCUGACAAGUUAGACAGAGGCCAGUAAAAUCAUUGAGACGCCAAAAGGUGUUCAACAGAGCUCCUGCAGACUUGGGGAAUUAUUAAUGCCACAGAGCAAUGAAGCAGCUCAACAUCUCACUGAGACACUUUAUGCUGGGUUUUCCUUUUUUUCCUCAGCUGUCUGUUUUUGUUUGUUUUUUGUAUUUUUAGAGAUUUGUUAUAUUGCAGUGCUUUAAUAUUGUAUUUACUUAAUGUGCUAAUGUUUGCUGCUGGUAUGAUAAUCCUGAGCACCAGCAUAACCUCAACAACUGUGAUGUGAAUAAUGUGCAAAAAAUACAUGGACACCCAACCAUUAAUGUGGACCCGUUAUGUCUUUAUUUUAUUGCACAAUGUCAGUGAUAAACCUGCUGUUCAACCCUUCUGUUCGUUCGAGGCAGCCAAUCAAAGGGAGAGGAACUACAACAGCUCGUUUCAGACAAAGGAUGAACUGGAGGGGCUGCACCACAGCUCAGUAUAAGAUAAAUAGAGACUGUUUUAAACUCUGAAGCAUGCAAAGCUUCUCUAGAAGUGUCCAAGGAUUCAUAAAAGGAGCUGGAAAUGAGAAAAGCAGGUGCACUCUAACGAGGUUCUUUAAGUCAGCCGCUAAAGUCGGGCCAUGAGGCAAGAAACUCAGAUUUAUGUAGCACAUUGGACCACAAAUAAUCUCAGUGUCCUUUGUAUUGGAAUCACCCACAUUACACUUGCAGAUUCAUGUGCAGGAUGUGAGAUGAGGUUACGGCUCUGUGAAGUUGUUCCACACCCAGCUGAAAAGAUAAAUCCCUGUGAAACAGGAAGACGCUGUCAUCGAACUCCCACGAAGCCGAAACACAACAAACCAAAAACAGGUCAAAGGGUCACAAACGUUUCUGUCCACAUACUUUUGGGUACUCUCAUUGUUUGCCACUCAUUUUCCAUUUGUACAGUGCAAAUGCAAUCAAACUAUUCAACCAC